AUGCUUAAAGAGAAUCCAAUAAAUAAGUUGUUAUCUAAAAACAUAAUGAUCAAGAGCAAAGAAUAACUAGGGAAUGGAAUAACUUCGAAGCAGUUGAUAGAAUCUCAUGGCAUGUCAACAGACAGAAGCACAGCUCUGGGAGAGUACAGUAAUCAAUAAAAGUUCCAGGCACUGUCAAUGUCAAAUAACAAAAACUAAGUUUUUCCUCCAACCAAGAAUAGCACAUCUAGUAAAAAUUCUAAAUUGAUUGUGCCUUCCUUUCAAUUUCAAGAGCAGAUGACCAAGUAUAUUCCAGUUUAAGAGAGCACUUAAAAAACUUUUGACUUUAAUUUCCUCUCUCAUAGGAGUGGAAUGAAGUCCUUUUAUAAAAAUAAAAAUUAUAAGGUCAUCACUUAGGAUGGUGAUUUAGUCUUGAACUAAUCCAAAGCCCUGAUUGAAAAAUCCAAGAGAUUACCAAGCGUGGACUUGCAAAAGUCUAAAAAUAACAAUCAACAAGCCAUCAUUGAUGGUAUUGUAGCAAAUGAACAACUAUUAAAAAAUGGCUAACUUGAUGAUGAAUUUGAUCCUUUGUUUCAAGCAUCUAAAAUGAUCUCAUUCUAGGAAUCAGAGAGAAAAACAUAGGAUUUCUUCAAAUCUGAGCCAAUCACUGUGAGAGAGGACAAAAGGAUAUCUAUGUUUUCUCCCUUAUACAAUGAAAAUAUAGACUAUGAGUACAAGUAGAUCAAGUAUGUGAAGCUAGUGCCUAAGAAAUUCAAGGAAAACUAUGAGAUUCAUUUCUAGGAUGUCUUCAAAAAAGGAUAAAUUUAUAACGUAUUUGAAGAUUAAAAAGACAUCAACUUAAGAAAGAAAAAAGAAUAGCAAUAAAUGAUCCAAAAUCUCUAAAAGACAGGAAUAAGUUGUAUCUCCAGUACAAAUAGAAAAUGCUCUAAUAAAAAACAUUUCGACAUUGUAGAUGUUGAAAAUCUUGCCUUUAGCAAUCUUUACAUAGAAAGUCAAAACCUAGUGGAUGGUUAGCCAGUCUUUACUUAGCAGCCUAAGACAUCUAUAGUUAAAGUAUCUAGAUAUCCCAGAGCUACUCUCCCACCUGAACUGAAAAAUAGAUUUGAAAUUAAUGUCUAAUAACAGAUCAGAGGGAUUUCUACUGAUAAAGGAGCUAACUUGUAGAAUACAAGAGGCUAGACAGCUAUCUCAAUUUAUGACAAUUUAUAUAAUGAUCAGUUCUGGAGAUAGCCUGAUAGCAAUGAAGCUUUGAAGGAUAAAAAUGGACUUCCGUUUUUUUAGACUUUCAGACCAGAGACCUGCUAUAAAUGGUCAUCUCCCUCAGUCUAGUAAGAGAAAUCUAAAACUACCCCAGGCGGAACAAGGACCAGCUCAAUGUUCCAGUAAUAUAAUUAAAGUCAAGUUUAAGAAGUGGAAGUAAAUUAGGAUGAUUUAAGAGCUUUAUCUUAAAUGGGCAAUAUGAGGACGAUAGAGAAAAACUUAUGGAAGUUUGGAGGAUUUAUAGAGAGGCCUGAGUGGUUUGAUAAAAUGAUUAUGAUGGCAUCUCAUUAAAAGAGAAGGUGCAAGUGCUGCAACAGAUUUAAUUGCUUGAAGUAUCUUAGAUAAAAGACUGAGUUUAAAGAGCCUAGCUAAAGACUCAGAGCUUCUACUGUUGUUGGCAGCAGAUUAGAAGAAAUUAAGUUGAUUAAGACAUCAAGGCUUGACCAAGCUAAACCAGAUAGCUACUAAGACAUUAUUCAGCCAUAAUUAAACCAGAUUCAUGAGUAGCAUCAAAUUAAUGUAAUUAAUUAGCAGCAUCAGAUAUUCUUGCAGUCCUUAAAUAAACCCACAUUGUAGACUACUUAGGACUAAACAACCAAAGCCUAAGUAGGUAGUGCUAUUGUCGAGAUUAGGAAUUCUUAAAAUUCACAGUCCUCUCUUGACUCUAAUAAAAUAGUCAAUAUUAAUGACCCAAUUAUUACUUCUGAAUCUCCUAAAACACUCUAAAAUGAUCAAAUUAAUCCUUAGCAAAAUCAACCAGCAAAUGGGCAGGUUCUGAGUGAAGUUGAUACUUUGGACUAUUUGACUAAUCACAGAAGAUCAGUUACGUAUUAAUACUAAUAAGACAUGGUUAGACAGACAUCAACAAAUCCUAAAUUGGAAUCAAUAGGUUCCUCAUCAUAAAGAUAAUAUGACAUAUUUCAGCCACCAUCACAUAGAUUGAAUCACUAGGAGUCAUAUGAUGAUCUUAAUUAAAAGUUUAACACUGAACAGAAUCAUCUUAACAGUUACAAAGUAAUUGAAUAACUCCUAUAGAAAGCCCACAAUCAAGUUAAAAGCUGGGAUGCUUCUAACGAAGGUGAUUCAAUUGAGGACUAUGCACAAGUCCCUAUUUCUCAAACUGAACUUAAGAAUAACAUAAAGAAGAGUUCAGAGCGGGAUAAAUUUGCAAGAACUUUCAGGCCUAUCAACACAAUGACUCUUAAUAAAAACUCUAAGAACACUUAUGGAUAUAACACGAAUCAAAUGGCUUAGUCUACAAAUGUCUCUCCAGUUAGGAAUAGUGACUUUGCUAAGAGUAUAUUUAAACACUACAAAGUACCACUAAACGCCUUACCUCAGCAAUAAUAAAAAUGGACAUCACCAUUCUAGUAAAGAGCUUAAAAAGAAUAAGGCAAGAAAACUUACUUAUCAAUAAACAAAGCUAUAAAUAUGGACAGACCUAAAAACUAGAUAAGCACAAUGGAAAAUAAUGCAAUAGCUCCAGGUUAUAUAAGCAGACGAGAUUUUAAGCAGCACAAAGAAUAAAGAAGAACCGUAGCAAUACAUGAUCCAUCUCUUUAGUAUUUCCAUAAUAGAGAGCAUUAUGAUCAUGAAAACGAUUAAAAAAGAUUAAGAACAUAUCACGUAUAUGGACCAUUUUCUCACAAAAUUGAUGAGUCUACUAAUCAUGAUAACUAAGACAAAUUUAGUGUGAAUGGCCUUGUUAACAAAGAUCAAAACAAUGACAGUCUAUACCAAUUGCAUAACAUAGAUAUAGAUCCUAAUGCCCAGGUUGACUAUAUGCACUUAAAUGAUCAGCAACUUUUCUCAUUCUAGAAUCAACAAAAUAUUCAGCAAUAAAAACCUCCAGUUGAAGAAGUUGAAUUUCAAAAUCAGUUGUUAAAAGAGAGUUGCAGUUGA